AUGAAAAUGAUGAACUUAAAUAAUUUUAUCAAAAAUGAUUUGACAAUAAAUGAAAAAGGCAGUUCACAUUUCAAAGAAAAUAUUUCUGGGUCUUCAAAAAAAGGAAAUGAAAUAAAUGAGAUGAAAGCAUUAACGAAUUUGAUUUUAAAAAGUGAAUUAAUGCGCAAAUUUUUAAUGGAUGAAAAUGUAUGGAUAUUUAUACAAAAUAUGAAAAGAAAACUAAAAGAAGAUUCUGUAGGAUUUGAUACUUGGUUAGAUGAUCAAUUAAUUAUAGCAAAAGCUAAUUCUGAAAUUUCUAUAAAUGCAGAUAUAAUACCUCUUGUCCAUCAUCCUAAAAAUAAUUAUGAAAAUAUUGGUUCUAAAAGCGAUAAAGAAUAUGAUGAAAAAUAUUAUCCUCUCUUUAACCAUGACAUCCAGAAAAAUAAUAAAAUAACAAUAAAAGAACCUUUAGAAUCUGGGAUAGGUAUUAAAAAAGAUGAAGAUAAAUUCGAUUUUGACGGUGUAAAAAAUAAAUUAAUUAAAAAUAUAGAAAAAAAUGAAACAGAUGAUAUAAAAAUAUCCUAUAGAAAUAAUAAAACUAAAAAUGAUAAUCUAUAUUUAAAAGAAACAGAAAAAACAUUUUAUGAUCAAAUGAAAAAUGAUAUUAAUAAUAUGAAAAAGCUCUUAACUGACGAAGAAAAAAAAAAAGAAAUUAAAAAUAUCAAUGAUCAUAUAAACAAUGCUGAUGAAAAAAAUAUAUUUGAUAGUUACACAAUAAAAAGAUACAAAACAGAAAUUAUUCCAGAUAAGUUUACAUCUAAUAAUAUAGAUGAAUCUAAAAAUCUGGGUCAAAAUAUUUUAGAGACAAAAGGAAAAUUAUCCGCUAUUUUUGGGACAAACACAAAUAUAAAAAGUGAUAUCCACAAUAAUAUUGAACGUGAUAUUCUAAAUGGAUGUGAAAAAAAAUAUCACACUGAUUCAAUAACAAUUAAAAAAAAAAAUGAAAACGAUCCAUUGAUAACUUAUAAGAAUAUAUUAAAUGGUAUGAAUAAUCAAAAUUCUUCGAAAAAUAUACAUAACCUAAAUAAUGAGAGUAUUGAAAAAAAUGAAAAAAAAAUAUAUAUAAAUGAACAAUUUGAACAUAAAUUUGAUGAUAAAAUAUCUAUUCAACCUCGAAAUAAAUUAAUUAAUCAUGAUCAGAAUUUUGAUGUACAUAAAAAAGAGGAAUACAAAGAAACAAAUCAUGGAAUAAUCAAUAUGAGUUUAAGAAACGGUAAAGUUACAGAUAAUAUUGAAACAGAUAUAGGAAAUAAAAUAAAUAUGAAAAAUGAGAAAAAAGAAAAUUCUCCAAUUAAUCUAAAUAAGAACCUAGAUAAUGAUCAAAGGGGUUCUAACGGAUUUAAGACAACAGAAAUAUUAUUCACAAAAAAUGAUAAAGACAACAAUGAAAAUAAUCGGAUACUUAUUUCAAUUCCUAAAACGAACAUAAAAAUUGGAAAAGAAAUAAAUGAAGAAACAAGUUUGAAACUAAAGAAAAUAUUUAGUCAAUGUAAUAAUAAAAUGAAUUUAGAAGAUUUUGAAAAUUUAAUAGUAGUUAAUUUUUUGAAAAUAGGGAGAUAUAUGAGUCACACAUUAUUUUCAAAAAUAGAAAAAAUAAAUAAAGAUUUUGUUACAUAUCAAGAAGUUCAAAAGUAUUUUUCUAAUCGUUUUAUUGAUGGAAUAAAUGAUCCAAGUUACUACAAUGACAAAUGGUAUGUCGCUUUGUUUGAAAAUAAACUGAAAGGAGGUGGAGUAUUAAAUGAUAAUCUUACCAAUGAAAAUAAUGAUGUAAAUAAUGAUGGAAUAAAUAAUGUUUUUUGUAUAAAUUCUAAUGGAGUUGAUCAAAUAGGUAAUUAUGAAAGUGAGAGAUUAAAUGAUAAUAUUGAUAUAUCAGAUGAAAAUUUAUCAAACUCUAAAAAUAAGGAACAUAUUGAUGUGCCUUAUAAAAAAUGUUCUAUUAUAAAUUUUUUCAAUGCUAUAAAAAGUGAUAUCAAUAAAGAUUAUUUAGAAUUUAAAGAUUUUGAUAUAUAUCUAAGAGAGAUAUUAAAAAGAAAUAAAUCAUUACAUUUUUUAUUAGAACAUUCUGAAUUUUUAGAAAGAUAUAUAGAAUCUGUUAUUGUUCGAAUUUUUUAUAAUAUAGAUAUUAAUGAUACAAAUAAAAUAUAUUUAAAUGAUUUUCGAAAACAUACUUUGGCACAUAUAUGGUGUUCUUUAGAUGACUCUAUAAGAGUUCAACAUAUUAAACAAUAUUUUAGUUAUUCACAUUUUUAUGUAUAUUAUUGUACUUUUUGUCAAACUAGUAGUUGUAAAGAUAUGUUAAUAGAUGAUAAUGAUUUAUAUCGAUUUGAUAAUCACUCAUUAAAUGAUUUUAUAGUUAAUAGGAUAUGGUCUCGAAUAUCAAUAAAAUUAGGAGGACCCAAUCAAAAAUAUAUGUGUUUAAAUGAUUGGAUAUAUUUUUUAACAAAUUAUGAAGAUAUGACAACAAAUAGAUCUAUCGAAUUUUGGUUUAAAUUAAUUGACUUGGAUGGUGAUUGUGUAAUUAGAGAUCAUGAAAUUCGAGUUUUUUUUAAUAUUCAAAUGGAAAGGUUAAAAUCUCAUUAUUUAGAAGAACCCAAAUUUGAGGAUUGGCUAUGUCAAAUGAAUGAUGCUAUUCAGCCAACAGUUGAAGGUCAUUUUACUCUUUCUGAUUUAAAAAAAAAUAAAAAAUAUGCUGCCCGAUUUUUUGGAUGUUUAGUCAGCUUAUCAAAAUUGUUAGCAUGGGAAAGUAGAGAUGUUCAUAAAGAACUUCAAAUUGAAACUGAAUAUCCACAAUGGACACCUUGGGAAAUUUUUUGCAAAAUCAAAUAUGACGAAUUAUGUUAUAUAGAAAAUGAAAGUUUUUAUGAUACUUUUGACAAUUAUGAAAAUUAUGAUUCUAAAAACAUUUAUACCCUUAGCUCGGAUUUAUAA